GCAGGCAGGACAAGCGCUUCACUCGCGCAGAACCCACGGAGGAGGCGCCUAAGGCUCUGGGUGUAUUCGGGCUUCAUCCACGUGAAUUGCACUGGUGGGAUCCCCUGCAACAUGAUUCAAAUCCAGCACCAAGAGUUAGUGAACUUGAAAGAUGUAGUUAUAGACUUCAACCAGGAAGAGUGGGCUCUGCUGGAUGCAUUCCAGAAAAUGCUGUUCAGAGAUGUGAUGGUGGAGAAUAUCAGUCAUCUGCUUUCAGUGGGAAAUCACAUCUGCAAAUCUGAUGUAGCCUCCAAGUUUGAUCAAGUAGAGAAACUGAUGAAAGAAGGAAUUGGAUUUUUCCAAAGCCAGAAUUCAGACAGUGAAGGUGGCUUUAAAAAUCAAGAAAUGUUUUCCAUGCAACAUAUCUGCAGGGAAGACACAUUUACAAUCAUAUCAUUGAAGCCAAAUUCUAAUGCUCAAGAGAAUGGAAUUAUGUGUAGUGAAUUGCCAGAAGAUUUUACUCAACCUGUGUUAAAUCACAAAGUAAAGAAAACCUACUUCAGCAAUCUAUUUGGAAAACCCCUCAAUGACCAGUCAUCUUUUAAUCAACAGAAGCACUUUCACACUAGAAAUAAAUCAUAUGAAUGUCUUCUAAUUGGUAAAUCCUUUCUUGAAAGCUCUGUCCUUACACAUUACAAUGGAACUUACAUUGGAGAGAAACCAUAUGAAUAUCAUCUGUGUGAGAAAGCCUCCACUCAUAAUUCUGGCGUCAGAAUACAUGAGAGACCUCAUACUGGAGAGAAACCUUAUGAAUGUCACCUACAUGAGAAAGCCUUAACUCAUUUGUCUACCUUGAGACAACAUGAGAGAGCUAACACUGGAAAGAAGCCAUACGAAUGCCAUCUAUGUGGGAAAGCCUUUACUCGAUGUUCUGCCCUUAGAGUUCAUGAGAGAACUCACACUGGAGAGAAACCUUAUGAAUGUCAUCUCUGUGGGAAAGCCUUCACUCGAUAUUUCAUCCUUAGAGCUCAUGAGAGAACUCACACUGGAGAGAAACAUGAUUGCCAUCUGUGUGGGAAAGCCUUUACUUAUCUCUCUUCCCUGAAACGACAUGAAAGAUCUCAUACUGGAGAGAAACCAUAUGAAUGCCACCUAUGUGGGAAAGCCUUCACUCAUUGUUCUUCCCUUAGAGUUCAUGAGAGAACUCACACUGGAGAGAAACCUUAUGAAUGUCAUCUCUGUCGGAAAGCUUUCACUCGAUAUUUCAUCCUUAGAGCUCAUGAGAGAACUCACACUGGAAAGAAACAUGAUUGUCAUCAGUGUGGGAAAGCCUUUACUUAUCUCUCUUCCCUGAAACGUCAUGAGAGAAUUCAUACUGGAGAGAAACCAUAUGAAUGCCAUCUAUGUGGGAAAGUCUUCACCCGUUGUUGCAAUCUUAGAGAACAUGAGAAGACUCACACUGGUGAGAAACCAUAUGGAUGUCUUCAAUGUGGGAAAGCCUUCACUCAAUAUGGUAACCUGACACAACAUGAAAGAACUCACACUGGAGAGAAACCUUAUGAAUGUCAUCUAUGUGGGAAAGCCUUCAGUCAUUUCUCUAGUUUGAGACGACAUGGGAAAACUCACACUGCAGAGAAACUAUGAGUGCCAUCUAUGUGGGAAAAUCCUCACUCACUAUUCUUCCCUUAGAAGACAUGAGAGAAAUCACUGGAGGGAAACCUUAUGAAUUUCAUCUAUGUGAGAAGGUCUUCAACUGUUAUUCUAGCAUUAGAGUACAUGAUAACACUCACACAUGAGAGAAACACUAUGAAUGUCUUCUGUGUGGGAAACCUGUCACACUAUGUUCAUCUGAGACAACAUGAAAGAACUGACACUGUAGAGAAAACUUAUGAACCUCAUCAAUGUUGGAAAACCUUCACCCAUUCUUCUGGUUUUAGAAAACAUGACAAAAUAUCCAGGGGAAAGAUACCAUAAGAAUAUUAUUUACUUGGGAAGCUUAGUUUAUUUUUGUAAACUUAGACAACAUGAGGGACCUUGAAUUGAAUGAAACCUUAUGAAUGUUAUAUGUGAAAGGCUUCAGCCAAUGUUCACUUAUUAGAUUAUGUGAGAGAACUCAUAGUAUAAAUGAUUUGAAUAUUGAGAUUUCGGCCCUUGAGUUAUCCUUCAAACAUACCAGACAACUCACACACUGAGGAAACAUUGUAAUCAAUCUGGUAGAGCUUUAAAUCAUUCUUUCUACAUCAAUAUAAGCCAUUUCAUACAGGAGAGAUUCAAUAUCAUGUCACCUUUGUGACAAAGAAUUUAGUAAGAAGGCCUGAUAAUAUACAGUGUCAGAGAACUCAUGUUAUACAUUUAACGAAAGUUUGAUGGUCUUCAUCCUCUGCUCCUAUUAAUAGACAAAUCUUUAUCAGAUGAAGGAGCUUCUUGAGGAAUUUCCAGGUACUUCAUGCUGGAGAUGUUAUUCAUGAAAAAUCACAAAAUUCUUUAUUUGUACACCCACACUUGUAGGGCAAUUGAGAAGUCACACUAUGUAAAUCUCUUAUGAGUGUCAUGCAUGCAGGCAUGAAAUCAGUGAUCACUCAUCCCUUUAGCAUUAAUUUUCAUAUACAGAGGAAAGAAAAAUACUGAAAUCCAUUUAGAAACAUCUACAACUUGAUUUCACAUCAGAAAAUUCAUAGUGGGAACAGAAAUACUUUAUGUUGCCCAUUAGCACAAAAUUCAGCAGAGACUCAAGGUUUUGAACAGACUUACUGUUGAUGUUAUGUAGGAUAACAGUACAGGGUGUGAAGUGAAAUGGGUAUACUGAGUUUUGAAUUUGUAAAAAGUAUUGUGAAGUGAGGUUAAUUCAUUGAUCAGUUCUUAUGUAUAUAUAAACCAAUAUUGUUGCUGAAAAUCUAAUAUUUGCCAUAUUCUAAUUUCCUUUUAUGCAGUUCCAGUCACAAAGAUUUGAAUCAAUCAGAAAGUAGCUUGCAAUGAUAACUCAACAGUCUAGAACACAAUGUUAUUGUUAUUUACUAGUGUCUUAGUGUUAUAAUAUAUAUAUUCAUGACAAGGAUGAAUACAAACAUUAAUAAAUAAAAUCACCUUACAACUA